AAAACUGUCGCUGUACUAAACUAGGACCACUUUUCUGCAAGGGAAGAAAUCGUCGCGUUUACGUGUCAUAACCUUGGAUCGUCGCCACAGAUUGUUCUGCUUACACCUGAAAUGGCAAUGAAGGUCUACAUGACCAUACUUCUAAUGGCAUCUUUGCAAUGCCUCCUGAUGCUGACUACUCAUUGCGAGGGCAAAGGACCCAAGGCACCCACCGGCAAGAAAGCCAAGAAGGUCAAGGACUGGGAGGACCCGGACCGUGACCGUAGCAACGACCUCCUCGUCACCAAGAAGGCUUUCUUCGAGAUGGAGGUGGAUGAUGAGCCGGUUGGGAGGAUCGUCAUCUCGCUGUUUGGCGAGACUUGCCCCGUGACGGUGCAGAACUUCGCUGCGCUGGUGCGUGGAACAUCGAAGAACAGGGAAAGGCUAAGCUACAAUGACACCGUGGUUCAUCGUAUCGUGUCCGAUUUCGUCAUUCAGAUGGGUGACGUCACAGAAGGCGAUGGGACUGGCGGUCUAAGCAUCUACGGCAAGCACUUCGACGACGAGAAUUUCUACCUUCGUCACGCCGGUGCAGGCUGGGUCGCUAUGGCUAACUCAGGACCUAACACCAACAACUCGCAGUUCUUUAUUCUCCUCACCAAGGCGGGGUGGCUGGACGGCAGACACGUGGUGUUCGGGAAGAUUACCGAAGGCAUGGACGUCGUUGAGCGCAUAGCGCAGAUAGACACGGACGAUGCCGAUUUCCCGCUCAAACCGGUCCGAGUCAUCGACUGCGGCAUCAUACCGGUGAGGGCGCCCUACAUACUCUCUGAAGACGCAGAGGAGCCCAAACUUUAAAGCAACUUCAUGUAAACUAAAAUAGCGUGAUUAACGAGUUUUUUAACAAUAGUCAGAAAGAAAGUCCUACAAUACAAUGUUUAAGCAAGUAGCCACUUUAGAAACAAACAAGUUUAACUCAAGAAUUAUUUUAGAAAGUUGAGGUAUUCUUGUGAUGACCGUUGCACGGAAAACACGAUAAGGCUGUUCAACUUCAACUGCUUUGAAAACAAUUUGAAAUAGCACUAGUUGUCAUCAGAUAAGAUAAUUAACCACUCCAAUGUCACUGUGCUUUGAGAAAACAUGUAUUCACAACAUAAUUAUGAACUAUCAAUGUUAAAGAUUGUUUUGUCUUGAAAUGAUUGUUGAAUAAAAUGUAGCAAAAUGACACGUUCGUGUUGCUACUGUAUUACCGAUUUCCUAAUGUCAGACAAAUAAAUAAUCCAUGUCUAAAGUAAUAA